CUGCACGUAUGUAUAUAUAUCAUCGAGGUACAUAAUUUCUGUGUGCGUGAGAGAUACAGAGGGUACACUGAUUCAUUGGAAAUCUGGAGAGAGAGAGGAGGCGAGAAUGGAACUGGAAAAGAGCCAUGACAACAGCGGCGAAGAUGAAAUUUUAGGUUCGAGUUUGACUAUGGAGAAAGUGGCAGCAGCGAAAAAGUACAUCGAGAAUCACUACAAAAAUCAGAUGAAAAACAUACAGGAGCGGAAAGAGAGGAGGUGGAUACUGGAAAGGAAGUUGGCCUCUUCAGAUGUGCCCAAAGAUGAACAGAUAAAUUUGAUCAAAGAUUUGGAAAGGAAAGAGACGGAGUUCAUGAGACUGAGAAGGAACAAGAUAUGUGUAGAUGAUUUUGAGCUUCUUACUAUUAUUGGACGUGGUGCCUUUGGCGAGGUCCGACUAUGCCGGGAAAAAAAAUCUGGCAAUAUUUAUGCCAUGAAGAAGUUGAAGAAAUCUGAAAUGGUGUCAAGAGGACAGGUGGAACAUGUAAGAGCAGAAAGGAACCUGUUGGCAGAAGUGGGGAGCCAUUGUAUAGUUAAACUGUACUACUCUUUUCAAGAUCCUGAAUAUUUAUAUCUUAUCAUGGAAUAUCUACCUGGAGGUGACAUGAUGACUCUGUUGAUGAGAGAAGACACAUUGUCUGAAAAUGUGGCUAAAUUUUACAUCGCUCAAAGUGUCUUGGCAAUUGAAUCUAUUCACAAACAUAACUAUAUUCACAGAGAUAUCAAACCAGACAAUCUUCUUCUUGAUAAGAACGGUCACAUGAAACUCUCAGAUUUUGGUCUAUGCAAGCCCCUUGACUGUAGGACUUUAUCCACGGUGAAUGAAAACGAAGAAUUGGAUGAUGAAAAUAUAAGGGAACCAAUGGACAUCGAUGGUCGUUUUCCUGGUGCUGCCAAUGUUAGUAGUUGGAGAAGUCCUCUUGAACAACUUCAGCACUGGCAGACGAACAGGAGAAAGUUGGCUUUUUCAACUGUUGGAACACCUGACUAUAUUGCUCCAGAAGUGCUGUUGAAGAAAGGAUAUAGCAUGGAGUGUGACUGGUGGUCAUUGGGUGCAAUCAUGUACGAAAUGCUUGUUGGCUACCCGCCAUUUUAUGCGGAUGAUCCUAUGACCACUUGCAGGAAGAUUGUUCAUUGGAAGAAUCACCUGAGAUUUCCCGAAGAUACCAAAAUCAGCAAUGAGGCAAAAGAUCUCGUAUGUAGUUUACUCUGUGAUGUCGAGCAUAGACUUGGAACAGGAGGUGCAGCUCAGAUAAAGGCUCACCCUUGGUUCGUCGAUGUUGAUUGGAAUAAAUUAUAUGAUAUUGAAGCAGCAUUUAAACCAGAGGUCAACGGGGAGCUGGACACCAGGAAUUUCAUGAAGUUUGAUGAACUGGAUCCACCAACACCAUCGAAGUCUGGGUCAGGAUCCUCAAGAAAGAUGCAUCUAACUCCAAAAGAUUUUAGUUUUGUGGGCUAUACUUACAAGAACUUCGAUGCCAUCAAAGAGGCUCUGCGCAAUAAAUCAGACGACAAGAUCCUGAUGUCAGUCAGGAAUGAAGUCAAGGAGAUGACAGAGGAACCAGAUAUCCGGAUGAACUCAUCGAUGGAUGAUGUAAUGUCACCAUAGUUGCUUGCCCUACCCAUAUGAGAGUGGAAACAUCGCGGAGGGCCUGUAUAUUGGUAGGUUGGCCUUUGUUGUUGCCUAUAUCCGGUCAUUGCAGUAAGGUCGUUUCAGUAUUGGUUGUACAGUAUGGUUGGUUAGAGAUGCUUGUAAUAGAAAAUUUAGGACUCAUGGCCUGGCUGCCCAGGUUGGUAGGGGGCCCUGCUUUCUCUUGUGGCAGCUGGUUUUAGACAAUUUAUUGCAUCUCUGAUUAUUCGGACAUCAAUAUUUAAUGGUGGUUUAAUCCACAAUCUGUAAUUCUCACAAUUUAUAAAAUGCUGUAAUUUUAAUUUUUCAA